AGUCACAUUCGCAGGCUGUGAGAGGGAGCAGCGCUGCCGCUCGCCAGCCCGGAGAGGCUGUGCCCGCCCGGUGUGCCCGCAGGUGAUGGGGCAGCGCCCGGCACCGCAGAGCGCCGUGCCAGGAGCAGCAGCCCGGCCAGCCUGAGCUCGGGGGACACUGCUGGGCUCCCCACAUCACUUGUGCUGCUCUCGUGUCCCUCGCCUGCCCGGCCGUGGCCUCCAGCCGCGGGGUCAGACCUCUGGCCACCGCACCCUCGCCGGGGCUCCUGCGUGAGCUGCGAGCGGUGCCUCGCUGGAUCUGGGGAUCUGCAGUGGGUGAUGCAGUGGGAGCCGUGUGCUGCCUGCCUGGGGAUGCCGUGGGCUGCCGUGGGAUUGCCUGGCUCCCUGAGCGCUAAGUGACUGCAACUAGCACGAGGUUGGGACUACUUCUCGGAAGAUGCCUUGCGUGUCUCCGGUCAUUCCUCUCCGGCCUCACCGCAGAAUAUUUGGAGUUGCCAGCUUUCUUCUGCCGAGGGGGGACAAAGGCAGAGGCCUCCAGAGGGUUAAGAGCAUCUGCUUUUACGCCAAGUGUUUGAGCAGGAAAUAAUCUGCAGAGAUACAUGUGCAGCAAUUCAACUGCUGCUGCUCUCGCAGGCUGCCGCCGCUGCAGGUCGGGCUGUGAGAGGAGCCGCGCUGCUCACAGAAGAUGCUUUCCUGGUGUGUCCGAAGCUCCAGGCAUGGCAGCAGAGCCCCGGCUGUCUGAGCUGGGGUAAAUGUCUCCAUCCAAGAGGAAUUAUGUUGGUUUGCUGGCUCUGUCGGCUCACGGAGAGGUCUCCCUGGCGUGUUUGAGUCUCCUCCCCAGUGAGCAGUUCAGCCCAGAGCCAUCCACAGGUUCACAGUGCUUUGAGAAGAGCUCACUGAAUUCCUGCUGAGCCACAGGCACAGCAAAGCUGCCCCAGCUCAUCAGGCCUCAGAUCUCCUUUGGAGCAGCUGCCAGAGGGGCUGAACUUCCCUGUUUCCUGCUGUGCUGCCCAGAUCCUGUUCCAUGUCAGCAAGGGCUGGUGGAAAUCCGCGACUCCGUGGUUCUGGGUGAGAUCCUGUCCCUGCUCCUGUCCCUGCCAGCAGAGCUGCAUCCCCACCCACCAGAUGUGCAAGUGGCUGCAGAGAGCUCCCCUCCCUCAGCACAGGUGCUCUCUUUCAAGAAAAAAAAUGGUGAACUCAGAAACCAGCUGGAGGUUGCACAGUCUCCUUUCCCUUGAGGUUGGUGGUCAGUGGUCGUCAUCUACCAUACCCAAGGAAACCAGACGGGCUCCAUGCUAACUCCUGUAAGAUCUGCUUCACUAUGGAAGAUCAAAUGAUUUUCUGGCUCAGGUGUUGUGAUGUUCGGCAUCUGCCUUGGACCUGGAAUUUGGAAAAGGGAUCGUCUCUGAGGCACGGAUAAGAGACAGAGAAACCAGCCCCAGACAAUGAGCACUUUAAGUAGCACUGGAAUAUUACUCAGCUUAACAACAGUGUCUGUUACACUGGAUUUUAGUUUGCAUGGUGGUCUGAUGGCUUGGUCCUUAAGCAGCAAUUUGACUCUGAACCAGAGUUUGCCUACAUCCGAUCCUCUCAACACCUCUGAGAAGGGCGAAGCCUCUCGGAUGUCCGUGAGGGAGAAGAAUUGGCCAGCCCUCCUGAUCUUGGUAGUCAUCCUGCUGACCAUUGGGGGGAACAUACUGGUAAUUAUGGCUGUGUCCUUGGAGAAGAAGUUGCAGAAUGCCACAAACUUCUUCCUGAUGUCGCUGGCAGUAGCAGACAUGCUGGUGGGUAUCCUGGUCAUGCCCGUGUCGCUCAUUGCAAUCCUGUACGAUUAUGCUUGGCCUUUGCCUAAACAGUUGUGCCCUAUAUGGAUUUCCCUAGAUGUGCUCUUUUCAACUGCAUCUAUCAUGCAUCUCUGUGCCAUCUCUCUUGAUCGGUACGUAGCAAUUCGCAAUCCCAUUGAGCACAGCCGCUUCAAUUCCCGCACCAAGGCCAUUAUGAAAAUUGCUGCAGUUUGGACCAUAUCCAUAGGGAUAUCUAUGCCUAUUCCGGUCAUUGGUUUGCAGGAUGACUCCCGGGUGUUUGUAAACGGGACCUGCGUCCUUAACGACGAGAACUUCGUGCUCAUCGGGUCCUUCAUGGCUUUCUUCAUCCCGCUCAUCAUCAUGGUGAUCACGUACUGCCUGACUGUCCAGGUGCUGCAGAGACAGGCCACGGUGUUCAUGUGUGGAGAGGUGCCCAAGCAGAGGAGGAGCAGCGUGAACUGCCUCAAGAAGGAGAACAACACAGAGAACAUUUCAAUGCUUCACAAUCACGAGGGGGCAUCCCACUUGAACUCCCCUGUAAAUAAGGAGGCGGUGCUUUUCCGGAAAGGAACGAUGCAGUCCAUCAACAACGAGCGGAGAGCCUCCAAGGUCCUGGGCAUCGUCUUCUUUUUGUUCCUCAUCAUGUGGUGCCCGUUUUUCAUCACUAAUGUCAUGUCUGUCCUCUGCAAGGAAGCCUGCGAUAAAGACCUGCUGAGUGAACUCCUGGACGUGUUUGUGUGGGUGGGGUACGUGUGCUCCGGGGUGAAUCCCCUGGUGUACACCCUCUUCAACAAAACCUACCGCAGGGCUUUCUCCAAUUACAUCCGCUGCCAGUACAAGCCCGGUAAAAAAUCAGCACUGAGGCAGAAUCAGUGUCUGAAUGUGGCUUCAACAGCUUUAUAUGGGAAAGACCUGACUUUAACUAGUUAUCGAAACGGCAAUGAAUUCAAUAGCAUGGAACUAGAUGAAGCUGAGGAGGGCCUUGAGAUGCAGCCAGGGACUUCAGAGCUCUCCAUAAACAGCUGUAAUGUUGUAAGUGAACGAGUGAGCUGUGUGUAAAAGUGACUCUCACAGACCUUUGCUACGGUGUAUCUGUAGCCAAAAUAUAUUGUGUAAAAAUGUAAGUGUCGGUCAAAGGACGAUGUAAAUAUUGCAUUCUGAACAAAGCUUUCUUUUCUUUCUUUUUUUUU